CACUAUGAUGCCCUUGAGCCUCACAGAUCACCCCACCACCAGGCACUUCUUCAGCCUCCUGUCGCCGGAGUUUUCCGCGCCAUCCAGGAGGACCCUGGGGAGAGACAUUGACCAGGCCUGGGCCACUGCCAAGUCGGACCUCUCUAACGCGCUGUAUGAGGCCAGCUACGUCGCCACAACAGCCGACAGCUGGACGGCGCACAACAGGGCCUUCAUUGGCAUGACGUGCCACUGGAUCGGCCAGAAUCUCCGCCGCCAACGUGGCACAUUAGCGUGCAAGGAGAUCAAGGAGAAGCAGACUAAUGUGGUCCUGGCGCAGGCCAUCUAUGACACCCACCAGGAGUUUGGCCUGGGGAACAAGGUGGUAGCCACUACCACGGACAACGGCACCAACUAUGUGGCUGCCUUCAAGUACUUCGGUGCAGGCGAUGUGCCUGUGGAGGGAGAGGAGGAGCAGGAUCCUGAGGUGGUGGUUGGCCAGCCUGCAAACCUGCAUGCCCAGCUGAAGGAGGUGGUUCCUGCUAUGAUUAAGCUGCCCAAACACUACAGAUGUAGUGCACACACCCUCAACCUUAUAGCCACUGCCGACGUCCACUCUGUGCCUGGAUGGAACCAAGGCUUUAGGGCGCCAUUCACAAAGGCUGCUGCAAAAGCCCAGGGGACUUGGAACCUGCAGAACCGCAGUUCUGUGGUGACCAACUCCAUCAAGGAGAAGACUGGGAGGAAGCUGAAAACCUUCUGUGUUACUCGGUGGAACUCCUACUAUGAUGCUAUCCAGAUCCUGAUGGACGUCCUCCAACCCAGAGAAGAUGCGGGCGUUGAAUGA